ACUUCCCUUUAUUGCGGGAGUAUGUAAACGUUGUAGACUUUAUCUGUAGUGUAUUUGUGGCAACAUUGUCAACGAUCGCGUCAACAGUUUUUUACCGUUAGACUUUGAUGUCAAUAGAUACACAUUUUUUGAUGUUUGCUUUGCUUCUCAUUUCAUUAGUUUCUUUUGUGAAAAACACACGUGUUGCUUGAAAUUGUGCAUUGUGCGAAAAAUAUUGUUGGAGUUAUUGUGCGAAUAAGGCAUCUUCAAAACAAAUUUAGCUUUGGGCGAAAAGCAAAAAUUUUCAAUUAGAGAUGUGCAAUAUAAAUUUGUAUGCCUGCCAUUUCACUCGGAUUACGUAAUAAUACCCAUUUUACACUCAUGCAUUCCAGAAAAAGUACAAGCCAAUAUUCCAAGAUCUUCCAGUAAAUAGCACAUUGUUAAUAUUAAUUUUGUACACCCGCUCUACACAACAAUGUCUGACGAAAGAGCAAUACCAUCCAAGGGAAAAAUGAAAUAUUAUUCUUCAGAAGCAACUUCAAAGUGUACUUCGUGUGAAGAUAUAGGAAAAAAAUGGACACGAUACUGCAGAUUUUGGGCGAGCAUAAAAUUUUGCUAGAUCGCAUUGGUUCCCAAAACUCGAUUGUGCAAAACAUUAUGGCCAUCUUCCCAAUAAACACGGACGAAAGUCUAAAGCAAUUAGAAGACUUAUUAGCAACUCAGUCAGACCCAUAUAUUCGCCAAAUGAAAAAUCUCAUUGGUGGCAACGUCGCACGCAAUUUACACCUUGUAUUUGGGAAAUCUAUUAUAAUGAAUUACAAUGUGGAUGGAACUUUUGGCAAGAAAAGUUUAUCUAAAUAUGGAAAAGUCCAUGCAGCAAUAAUAGAUGUAAUAUCAACGUACGACAAGUGUGCAGACAAGGCUCUAAGAACAGCUUUUCAACGUCAAAAAAAGAAAUUCUUUAAAGAAAACAGCCGCAGGAAUGCAGAAAUAAAUGAUAAGACCAAAGAAAAUGAAUUUAAUUAAUUUAAUCUUUAUGUACAUAUAUAUUUUUGCCUUGUGUUUUUUCUAUUG